AAAUAAUGAAGGCCAAUUGAAAAGUUGCUUAGAAUUGGCCAUUCUAUAGCAUAGUAAAAGUUUACUUUAAUGAACCACCCCUUUAAGCCAAGCACAUGGAAAGGGACUGCAGUGACAAAAAAAGUAUUGAAAGUACCACUGUGGUAGUAACCUCACUUGGAAAUAAUACUUAUCUUCAACAGGUCCAAAUACAAAGGAAUGGGGGAAUACCAAUAUGAGAGGGCUUCAAAUACCUGAGUUGCAUUACUGCAAACAAGAGCACGUGUAGAAUAGUGAUUGUCUGGUAUUAUGAUGCUAGUCUUAAACUUCAGAAAAAUAUAUCUGGCCACCUAUUUUUCUUUAGCCUGACAUUGUUUCAGUUGCCCAUUGUUCCAGCUAGAGGUGGCAGUUUUGCAUGUUAUUAUUUUGGUAAUAUCUAAGUUAUAAAUAUAUAUAAGGAAUAAUGCAGUUCCUGUUGCAAAAUACUAACAAGUUAUUGUAUUAUAUAUUUGUAUUGAACAGUUACAGACAGUCAUUCUGUGCUGCAUAGGAAGUGUAUGUAUAUUAUAAUCUUUAUUUUUCAGUAUAACAAUUCUAAAUGCUAGCAGCAGGAACAUACUAAGCUCUAUUGUUUGAUUAUGAAGCUUAUUAUCAUACCAGAUCACAGGACAAGAAAAUGUAAACACCUCUCAGACAAGGAGUACAUUAUAAAUGAUCUCUGUAAACAGUGCAUAACAUAUUUGAACUAUUGUUGAGGGCAAAAAGUCAGACCGGAGAGUGACAUUCUGUGGCACAAGGAAGAGCACAACAGUAACCUAUCUGAAGAACCAGUGUGUUCCUGUAUGCAAAUAAAUAGAAUAUGGACUAAAAAAAGAUUUCAGAAAUAGCAGUGUCUGAAAGGAGCAACAGCAAAGGUAUAAAUGUCUGAAUGAUGAAAUCGAUAAAGCAAAGGCAACUACUAUGGAUUUAAAGGUCGCCAAAGUCCAGGCAAACAGAUUACCCGAAAUACAGCAACAAAUACAGAGCUGGAAAGAACGAGUGUGUUCGGAGCUAAGGAAUGUUGAAAUACCUGCUGCCCUCACAAAGAAUAGGAGAAUGCCCCUUCCCAGCAUAGUAUCGAGUACCACUUUAUGUAAACUCAGAGGACCUGAGAGGCCAGGCAGCGACAGUUCCCCAGGGCUUCCCCUUUAUAAAAGAGCAAGACUAAGUAAAUGCAUUAGCCAGAUGACUGCUUUGCAAGUGGCCCCGAUCUUGUUCUGCAGGCUUUGGUAUUGCUGAAUUGGAUCCUGUCUUAUGGGAGUUUUACAAACAAGUUUUUCUUGCCCGACACCUUCCUGACGUCAUUUUAAUACAGUUGCAAUUUCAACCACUGCUAAAUCACAUGGUCUUGACAUGAGAUGGGUCUUUGUAAACAGAACACUAAGUGCAAAAGGAUGCACGGUUAUUGGACUUAAAGGGCUUACAGGCAACCUGUAAAGAAAAUGAAGAAAAUGCUGCAUGCAAGAAUCCAAAAACAUCUAAGUACCCCACGAGCACAGCUGAUUCUUAUAAACCUACUAACAUGUGGUCUCGAAGUGUGCCUGGCUGCUGGGGUCACAUUCGUUCCUCCUCUUCUAUUGGAAGCUGGAGUGGAAGGCAAAUUCAUGACAAUGGUGUUAGGCAUUGGACCUAUCACUGGUCUUUUAAUUGUUCAUCUCAUUGGAUCUGCUAGUGACAGCUGGACUAGCAGGUAUGGCCGACGCCGACCCUUUAUCUGGCUUAUGUGCGUUGGAGUGAUGGUGAGCCUGAUUAUCAUUCCUUAUUCUAGUCACCUUGCAGCUUUGCUAGGGGGCCAUCAUACUGGAAUAGAGGUGGCCUUCUUAGUACUGGGCAUAGGACUGUUGGACUUAUGUGGGCAGGUUUGCUUCACUCCCUUGGAAGCUUUACUCUCUGACCUCUAUCCAGAGGGAGAGAGCUGCAGAAGGGCAUUCUCAGUGUAUGCACUGGCAGUUGGACUUGGAGCCUGCAUUGGAACUCUGUUGCCAGCUGUGGACUGGAGCGAUAGUUGGCUGGCAAAGCAGUUAGGUGGGCAAGAGCAAUUUCUCUUCAUCUUACUACUUGUUAUUUUCACUGGAUGUGUCAUUGCAACAUUCUUUGUCUCAGAAGAACUGAAGCCAGGUACUGUACAAGUGGAAGUGCCAGGAGAUCACCCAGUCAGAAAAGGACCUUGUCUACAAGCUUGUCAGUUGUGGACUUUUCCCCUCAGAGCGUGGCAGCUGGUGCUGACAUUGAGAAGCGUUUGUGCUUUGUUUCCACGGCUCAGGACAUUCUGUUGCAAAGUGCCGGUUACUCUUUGGCGCCUCUUUGUAUCACAGUUGUGCUCCUGGAUGGGUCUUAUGACAUUUAUGCUCUUUUACACUGACUUUGUGGGAGAGGGUCUGUACAAAGGUGUUCCAAUAGCAAAGCCAGGCACAGAAGACAGACUUCGUUAUGAUGAAGGAGUAAGAAUGGGAAGCUUGGGGCUCUUCCUUCAGUCUGUGGUUUCUAUGAUGUUCUCCUGCUCAAUGGAUCAUCUAAUCAAAAUGUUUGGCACCCGAGCCAUUUACGUUGCCAGCAUAGUUUGCCUCCCAUUGGCUACAAUAGUAAUGUGCUUCUCAAGUAGCAUUACCGUUGUGACAAUAUCAGCUGCCAUGACAGGCUUCACCUUCUCUGUUCUCCAGAUUGUGCCAUACACCCUCACAACAUUUUAUCACCAUAACCGUCAAAUGUUUCUGCCCAAAUAUAAAGAUGCUGGUGGAUAUAAUAAUGUGACUGAAAAAGAGAGAAAGACAGGAUUCCAUAAAGAUACCCCAAAUGGCGUGUCACUGUUCCCAUCUCACACCCCACCAGACUGUGAUGCAGCUGUCACUGUAGCAGAACCUUCUACUCCAAAGCAUGGAAUCUGCCUGGAUAUGGCCAUCCUGGACAGUGCCCUUCUUUUAUCACAGGUGGUGCCAUCACUAGUAAUGGGUUUUAUCGUGCAGAUGACACAGACAGUCACAGCAUAUGUUGCUGUUGCUGCAGCCUUUGGAUUUAUAGCCAUCUACUUCUCCAACAAGGUGGUGUUUGAUAAAAGUGAUUUGGUUAAACUGACAGCACUUUAGUGCAGAGCAAAGAAAAAAAACAGUAAGCUCUUUCUGGCCUGAAAUGUUUGUUAACGUAUUAUCUUAUAGAGUUUCGGUUUAAUGCCUGCCAUUUGUCCUACCAGGGCAUUUUAUUUAAAUAUUGCAUGAGAAACUGGACCAAAGUUGAUUUGUAAAAACUGUUAUUGUUGUGUAAUAUCAAGUUCCCGAAGAUUUUAGGUUGUUGUUAUAUUGUCAGUUGGUGCAAUGAAAAAACUGAGCCAUUGGCUUUUAAUAUAAUCCAUUUUUAGCUCUGCUGCACACACACCAUUUUAAGAUUAUAUUGUUUUACCACUAAAAAUAGUGCUCAAUCAUAGCAAUAAAUAACUACACAUCGAA